CACAGUGGUCGGCUCUGGAUAGUUCGUGAUACCUGCCACUUUAUCUCUGAGUGGGCGUAUACCAAGGAACCUGAGUGAUUCAGUUCCUAUUUCACACUUCCACAAGUUGACUGUGGUGCCAAGUUUUUUUAGUCUACUGAAUACGAGGUCCUCGAUGUCGACAUGGACAAAAUCUAAACCACGGAAGACGUCAUCCACAAAGCGUUGGAAUGUUUGUGCUGCAUUCCGAAGACCAAAUGGCAUGCGGAGGGAUUCGAACAGGCCAAAAGGAGUAAUAAUGGCUGUUUUCGCGAUAUCUUCUGCUGCCAUAGGUAACUGGUUGUACCCUUUGACCAGAUCGAUUUUCGAGAAUAUGUCCAUUCCGUUUAACGUCCCAGUCAAGUCGUAAACGUGAGGUGUCGGAUAGCAGUCCGGUGUUGUUUUGGCGUUAAGCCUUCGGUAAUCACCGAUUGCACGCCAGUCGUUGCUAUCCUUUUUGGGAACCAUAUGCAAUGGUGAUCCCCUAGGACUACUUGAAGGUUGAUAAUGCCCAGUUCGAGCAUGUGGUCGAAUUCACUUUUUGCCGUUUUGAGCUUAUCAGGGGCUAGACGGCUACAUGUAGACCUGUGGUUGUGAUGUGCUGCCUGACACUACUGGUUAUGCACGGAAGAGUAUGCGUCGGUUGUUGUAACUCUGGAUAAUUCCCUAACACUGCCUGAUAGGACACGUCGCCUGAUUGUUUAGUUCUAACGAUGGCUAAACUCGGACCUACGUAGGUGGCGCCACCAAUAAAUAACUUUGCUUCAAAAAUUUGGAACAGUUAGUCCCUUUUAUGAAUUUCGAUAGCGUAAUUAGAAGACGAAGUUUAUCUGAGCAAUGCGAUGUAUUUGCGCAAUACAUUUCGAACAAUCUGAUCACACAUUUACUUGUCAAGUCAACAUAUAUAUACUAAACCGAGGACUGGGAGUGGGGAUAAAUACAACAAUUAACACAAUAGGGGAUUAAAAUUAAGAAAGAUGAGGACAAACAGGAAGUGACAUAGUUGGUCCUAAUCUUGGUAAGAAAACAAAGUUUACCAAGGUAGGUGUAAUGUAAUAACAAACUGUUUUCGUACACAUAAAGGUGGUUUAAAUUUGUGUAUGGCUAUGACUUCCGCAAAUCUCAGAAUACGUCCCUGACUGUUUCUAUAUAAGACUUUGAAAGCUGUUUGGACAUUGACUUUGUGACCUGUUUCUAUGAUAUGUUUAGCUAUAGAUGAAGAGGGUCGUCUCCCACCAGCGUUUAUCACUGUUUCACACUCCAUUUGUUUUUGAAGCCAUUUAGGCACAUGUUCUCCCACCCUCAACUGCAUAACUCGAUUACUCCUCCCUAUGUAUGUGUGACCACACACACAUGUAAAUUGAUAAACACAAUGGGAUGUGACGUAAUCACUGAUGCAGUGUUUAGGUUUUUGGUGAAGCAUGUGUUUUGUUUUCUCCACAAUGGUAAGAUUCUCUGCGUAAUACGUUUUCUUAAAAGCUGAUGUCGGCUUAUGAAAUCACACAUAGAUAAUUGCAGUGAGAAGUUACGCAGCUUAACUGAGAUGCAUACUCAUGCUUCGUGUGUAUUGUCGGAUAUUUGUCUUAUAUACCACAUUAAAUUCAUCAAUUUUUGUAGCUCCGUAAUCAGUAAAACGAAGGAUAGAACAAGGCAAAAAUUGUCUAGAUCUCUUUCCAAUGACAUUCAUGCAAACUCAUUUCCAUGCGUCCCAGAUAAAUAUGUGACUAAUUUGUCCUCUGUUGUACUUUCAAUUCAUGAGAAAGAGGCGCUUUCCCUUGGAUUCAACUUUUCAGUUCCAUAUACGCAAAUCUCUCUAUUGGAUAUUGAUGCUCAGUUUGAAAAUCUCUAUGACCAAUUGAGCCCUCUUGUCCCUACAUCUUCAGAUAACCAAAGUUGGUUAAAGGCUAAAUUAGUUGAUAUUGCUCACCAAUUCCAUAGUUCAGAAACAAGACAAAGAAGCAUUUUGAGUUCACAGCACUUCAAAUCUUUGAGAGAAUUACGGAACAGAUCGGAUAUAAUCAUUCUUAAACCCGAUAAGGGAUCAGGUAUCGUUGUGAUGAAUAAAUCUGACUAUAAAAAUAAAAUGCUAUCCAUCCUCAGCGACGAAAGCAAAUUCAUAGCCGAUGUCCCAUCAGAAGAUAUUAGAAAAUUGGAAGCAAAAGUAACCACUCACUUAGUAAAACUUUUGAAUAUGAAUGCCAUUAGCAAAGAGGAAUUUAAUUCAUUGAAACCUAUGGGAUCCGAAUUUCCAAAUUUAUAUGGAUUACCUAAGAUUCAUAAAGCUAAUAAUCCCUUACGCCCUAUAUUGUCUAUGUGUCGUUCUCCCACACAUAAACUGGCGAAAUGGUUGGUAAAAAUGUUAAAUCCAGUUCGAAACGAAUUCUGUAAGUUUUCAUUGAAAGAUUCUUUUCAAAUUGUUGACUGUCUUAGUAACAUGAAUAUAAAAAACAAGAUUAUGUACUCUUUCGAUGUAAAUUCCUUAUUCACUAACGUGCCAUUGUCCAAGACUAUUAGCAUUCUCUGUGACUAUAUAUCCUCAAAAAACCUCCCAUUUCCUAUUACUCCAACCUUUCUGAAGGAGUUAUUAUUGCUGUGUACCGACAAAGUCCACUUCACAUUUGAAGGUGAACGCUUUCGACAAGUUGACGGUGUAGCUAUGGGUAGUCCUUUAGGACCACUACUGGCUGAUAUUUAUAUGUCAUAUAUUGAAAAUCUGGCUGGUGAUCUCAUCGCUAAAGUUCCUCUUUACAAGAGAUAUGUUGAUGACAUCAUAGUGAUUUGUGAGACGCAUGAGGAUAUGGUUUGUCUACUAAAUAGACUUAACGCCGUACAAACACACAUCAGCCUGACAUGUGAGAAAGAGAAUAGUAAUCAACUGCCAUUCCUAGAUAUACUUCUCAGUCGACGAGAAGAUGGUUCAAUAAGACGGUCAGUUUACAGAAAGCCUACAUGGACAGGACAAUACCUGAAUUUCCACAGUUUUUGUCCAAUCCAAUACAAGCGAGGUUUAGUAAAAUGCCUGUUUAACAGGAUCUAUCGUAUCAGUACACUAGAUGCGAUGGAUGAAGACAUCAAAUUACUGAGCAAAGCACUUAUGGAAAAUGGAUAUCCGACGAAGUUUAUAAACCGUUGUAGAGGUCAAGUAGCACCAAAGCCAACUCUAUACACGGUCCUUAAGAAAAAUGUCCAUAUCACUCUACCAUACAGAGGGGAGCUAAAUAGUAUCAUUUUGAGACGUAGGCUGACAUCAGCCAUUAAGAAAACGUAUUACGCAGUGAAUCUUACCAUUGUGGAGAAAACAAAACACAUGCUUCACCAAAAACCUAAACACUGCAUCAGUGAUUACGUCACAUCCCAUUGUGUUUACCAAUUUACAUGUGUGUGUGGUCACACAUACAUAGGGAGGAGUAAUCGAGUUAUGCAGUUGAGGGUGGGAGAACAUGUGCCUAAAUGGCUUCAAAAACAAAUGGAGUGUGAAACAGUGAUAAACGCUGGUGGGAGACGACCCUCUUCAUCUAUAGCUAAACAUAUCAUAGAAACAGGUCACAAAGUUAAUGUUCAAACAGCUUUCAAAGUCUUAUAUAGAAACAGUCAGGGACGUAUUCUGAGAUUUGCGGAAGCCAUAGCCAUACACAAAUUUAAACCACCUUUAUGUGUACAAAAACAGUUUGUUAUUACACUACACCUACCUUGGUAAACUUUGUUUUCUUACCAAGAUUAGGACCAACUAUGUCACUUCCUGUUUGUCCUCAUCUUUCUUAAUUUUAAUCCCCUAUUGUGUUAAUUGUUGUAUUUAUCCCCCCUCCCAGUCCUCGGUUUAAUAUAUAUUGACUUGACAAGUAAAUGUGUGAUCAGAUUGUUCGAAAUGUAUUGCGCAAAUACAUCACAUUGCUCAGAUAAACUUCGUCUUCUAAUUACGCUAUCGAAAUAACUUUGCGUUGUUAUCUACCAGGUGUCGACGGCGAGCAUCUAUGAAUAUAUCGUAAUGGUCCAGAAAAUCUAAGCCAAUGAUGGGCAUAGAAACGUCAGCUAGGAGGAGAAUCCAGUGAACAGGUCUACUUCAACCUAAGUUGAGGUAGGCAUACUGUCUCCCAAAUGUUGCGAUCGCCGUGCGACUAGCUGCUUGAAGGUUGAAGGACGGGUCUUGAUGACGCUCCAUUGUCUGUGCAAGAAGAACUCUAACUUCCGCGCUGGUGUCGACGAGGUAGGGGACUUUCGUUUUUAUAUCUGUGACGUAAAGCAAACUGCUGUUUCCGCCAGCUACGGUUGCCGUGAACGCGUGCCGGUGUGGCAGUUUCCCGAGUUUGUGUUCCUGUUGAAAUUGCAUGGCUUCCGACAUUUUCCGACUUCGUCCCCGUAGGUGUUGUGAAACUAGCACCAUUAAGUGUCUCCCACCCUGUUAGGUUUGGUUUUUUUUUGGGUAACCACGCGAGUUGCUGCGAUGGAGUGAGACGUGUUUCUGCGAUGUGCUAUGUAACCCGGGGCUUCGAGUUCGUAGCAGUUGUUUAACCGAGUUGCAUAGCCUGGCCACUUCUAAAUCCUGGCUCUCGCGUUUAUCCGAGACAGAAUAUGCGUUGAAGACGGGUCUGCUAGAGAUCUCCAGUAUUUUAUCCACUGAGGCUGCCAGGUCAUCGAGUGGAACUGACUUAAGUGUCACUAACACGGUUUGCACCGGUUGUGGUAGUUUCGAGAGAAACAGUUCCCGGAAAAGGUCAUUAUCGAACGUUCCUGUGCCCAUAACUUCUCGCAUGAGUGCGAGGACUUCAGUAGCUGAGUGGCUGCCUAGAUCGAUUGUACGAGGCCAUUCGUCUAGACGCUGGCAAUCUGUGAGAUCACUUUUCUUCAGCAGUGCUGCUUCGAGAAGUGCAUAGGGAUCACUUACAUCAGGACUGAACAUGUGCUUUGUAACGUGAUUGUUUAGUUCCCGUGGUAGUGAACGUAUAACAGCAAGAAGUCGAGAGUGUGAAUCUGCGACUCCUUGUUCUCGAAAGUCUGCCUCGGCAUACAGAAACCAUGUUUCUGCAUUGUCUGGUCAGUCUGGCACCAGUUGAAUAGUGUUCAUCGUCGACUUAAUACGGAUAAGCUUUAAAGUAUGGUCGGACAUGAGAAAGAGUUGUAUGUGGAUAUAUAAAGGUUAUCAAAAUGAAGAAAGUAUACAAGUAUAAAAUGGAACAGGCUAACCAAUUUAAGAUUUGUUCUUGGUCAGGAUAUGUUAUCGGGCUCACCAACUUAGGAAUUGUCCUGGUACAAACUUGACAGACACAGAGGCCAAUCACUAAUUAUUCGAACUUGUUAUAUACCCACAAAUAC